AAUACGCGUAAAUAAGACAGUGAAAAUCAGAGAGCAAAAUUUCAGGCUUCGAGUUGUCCGAUGAUUGCAUGGCCUCCCCUCAUGAAAUCCAUGUUCCCCUCCCUCAUGAUCCCGGAGGCAAAUCGUUAGAAAGUGAUGGUCACUUUUCAGUGCCUAUUCAUGUCGUAACCCAAGUAUCUCAACUUCCUAUCGAGUUUCUGGAGCCUUCUCCUGAGAGACAGCUGGUUAUUGGUUUUGACUGUGAGGGUGUUGAUCUUUGUCGCCAUGGGACUCUUUGUAUAAUGCAGCUUGCCUUUCCAAGUGCAAUAUAUUUGGUUGAUGCAAUUGAGGGAGGAGAGGCUCUUGUGAAAGCCUGUAAGCCUGCACUUGAGUCUAAUUACAUCACUAAAGUUAUUCACGAUUGCAAACGAGAUAGCGAGGCGUUGCACUUUCAGUUCGGCAUCAAGUUGCACAAUGUUGUGGAUACUCAGAUUGCUUACUCUUUGAUCAAGGAGCAAGAAGGACAGAUACGGGCACCUGAUGAUUACAUAUCCUUUGUUAGCCUCCUUGCAGACCCAUGUUAUUGUGGGAUAUCGUAUGCUGAGAAGGAAGAAGUCCGAGUCCUUCUGAGGCAGGACCCUAACUUCUGGACUUAUAGGCCACUAUCUGAAAUGAUGGUUCGUGCAGCUGCAGAUGAUGUCCGCUUUCUUCUGUUUAUCUAUCAUAAGAUGCUGGAGAAACUGAGUGAGCGAUCUUUGUGGUAUCUUGCUGUCCGUGGUGCACUGUACUGUCGAUGUUUCUGCAUUAAUGAUAAUCAGUAUGCAGAUUGGCCAUCUCUUCCUCCAGUUCCAGAUCAGAUGCUUGGUGACCCAAAUGCCCCGGAGGAAGAAAUACUGUCAGUUCUUGAUGUUCCCCCUGGGAAAAUGGGACGCAUCAUUGGAAAAAGAGGAGCUACUAUCUUGUCGAUAAAGGAGUCAUGCAAUGCUGAAAUAUUCAUGGGAGGCGCAAAGGGACCACCUGACAAGGUUUUCAUCAUUGGACCCAUAAAGCAGGUGAGGAAAGCUGAAGCGAUGUUGAGGGGAAGAAUGCUGGACAUUUUCUAAAACUUUGUUACGCUUGAUGCUUUAAACUUUGUCUUUACAACUUAGUACAAUUACUUGCAAAAUGAAUCUGGCAUAAUCUUUACUUUCCAUGCUUCUACUUCCCGUUUUACAUGUUAAUAAUCCUAUACUGUCAGUACUUUUAUUAA